AUGCCUGCAUCUUCCGUGAUCGAAAAGCAACCCAAGAGAAAGUUUAUUCACGAGGUUGCCUGCAGGUUUGUGGAAAUGCUCAUUUCUCAACAUGCCGUUCAUCUUCAGGCGGUGCGAGAUCUAUACAGGCGCUGUGUCACUCGCGAGGGUUUUCCUGGCUCGCCGCUGCAGGAAUCAGUCCAGGGUUAUCCAGGGACGCAUGCAAUUUUAGACCGCUUGGGACUUAUUAAACAUGCAGAGGAAACCAUCGAAGAUCCACAGAAAGUGCUCGCAGACAUAGUCGAUUAUCUCAAGUCCUUGGAUACUCCUACCCCGGAGUGUCUCGACUGUGCCGAAUCAACGGACACAAGUGACACUACUAUUUCUGGCGAGGUAUCGCCAGAGCCGAGUACCCCGAAAGAGGCAUUCAACAUUUCUAUCCCGUUCGUUAAUUUCUCAUGGCCUGGGACUUCGGACGAUCGCCGCUUGUGCCACACAUACGGCGGCCCUGAGCCUUUGCAACAGCAGCAGCAGCAACAGCAACAUGUCAGCAUUGCGAAACCCGUUAGCGUAGACGACACACUGGCUUUUAGGGGCAACUUCUCUCCCUCAGAAGUACCAGUACUGUGGAACGACUUUCCCUCACAGCUUCGGUUCAUGCCCGCUGCGACUGAUGCAUGCCAAAGGGCCGGAUUGCCGACUGACAUGUCAUGGCCAGCAAUGGCAGGCCAUCCCUCCACGAGCAUGCCAGUAGGUUCGCGAGAUAACGCUUCAGAUGCAUCGCUUUAUACCACUGAUCAAACUUAUUUUCCGGGACUCUUUGGUUACAUGCACCUUUACAGCACCAGCUCCUCCUAG